CCAGUUUUGGCUAACGUAGGCUGUUCCUGGGACGAUGGAUGCGAGACCUUGCACUGGAACCAGGAAGUGGAGCCGCUGAUGUGAGUGUUGGUUGUUGAUGUUGGUGCCAGGAGCCAAGAGCACUGCUAAAGCAAGAUGACUGCUCUUAGUCCAGCCAACCGCUAUGAUUUCUACAUCGGCCUAGGACUUGCAAUCAGUUCAAGUGUAUUUAUUGGAGGAAGCUUCAUUCUAAAGAAGAAAGGUCUUUUGCGACUAGCCAGCAAGGGUUCAAUGCGAGCAGGUCAAGGUGGACAUGCAUACCUCAAAGAGUGGCUGUGGUGGGCUGGGCUGCUUUCAAUGGGGAUGGGAGAAGCUGCCAAUUUUGCUGCAUAUGCCUUUGCACCGGCAACGCUGGUAACACCAUUGGGAGCCCUGAGUGUACUGGUGAGUGCUGUGCUAUCCUCCUACUUCCUGAACGAGCGUCUCAAUGUCCACGGGAAGAUGGGCUGUGUGCUGUGCAUCCUGGGCUCCAGCGUGAUGGUAAUCCACGCACCCCAGGAGGAGGAGGUCGACUCGCUGAACGCCAUGGCGGAGAAACUCAAGGAUCCUGGCUUUAUUGUCUUUGCUGCGAGUGUGGUGGUCAGCAGCCUGAUUCUGAUCUUCGUGGCGGGGCCUCGCUAUGGCCAGAAGAACGUGCUGGUCUAUGUGCUGAUCUGCUCUGUGAUUGGCUCUCUCUCUGUGUCCUGCGUCAAGGGCCUGGGUAUUGGCAUCAAGGAGCUGGUCAUGGGACAAAGCGUGCUGAAGAACCCCCUUUUCUGGGUCCUGCUGAUCUGCCUGGUGGCCUGCAUCAGCACGCAGAUCAAUUACCUGAACAAGGCCCUGGACAUCUUCAACACGUCCAUCGUGACGCCCAUCUACUACGUCUUCUUCACCACCGCCGUCAUGUCUUGCUCCGCCAUCCUCUUCAAGGAGUGGAACAGAAUGGGGGCCGAUAACAUCGUGGGCACCUUCAGUGGCUUUCUCACCAUCAUUCUGGGCAUCUUUCUCCUCCACGCCUUCAAGGACAUCAGCUUCACCUGGGACACCCUGCCCCUCUUCCUCAGGGGACAGAGAGGAGGGCCUUGGGGGAAGCCCUAUGUGGUGCUGCCCAGCCAGGAGGCAGAGACAGAGGGACGGCAGGCGGGGCGGGGGAGCCAGCAAAGUAUAUUCUCCUGAGAAUGUAAUCCGGAGGAAUGGGACUGUCUUAAUAACCCAAGGGGGCCGAAUCUGAUGAUAGCCUGCCUUUCACGAUUCAGUUUGGUCCAUCCCAGGGCACGAGAUGGGGUGUCUCGAGAGGUUUCCUGGGAGAUUAUGAACGCCCUCUUCCACACUCCCAUCAACAGUGUCAGCUAGCCUUAACCCAUAACAAUCACCCGCUCAGAGCACUGCAGCCUUCAAAAAACUGUCUAUAAUGCUGGUUUCUGAUCGGCCUCAUUGCUGUGUUGCGACUGUACACAGCUUAUGUAUGAACCUGUUUAUUGUAUUUCAAAUACAUACAGUAAAAGUUUUUAAACACAAAGCCUGAAAUUGUCAAACAGGAGAUUUAUAACAAUAAGAUCAGUGACUCUUGAUACAAUUCAGUCUUGCAGUAUCACUGAAGAAAUUAAAAAACAUGAAUGAAACAUUUAUUGUUAAAGAAUACUUUCUUUAGCUAUCAACUUAACAUUGUAGUUCAAAUGUGAUCACAUUGACGAGGAUGGUGCUCAUCAAAGACUCAAAUAGAACUUCUUCAUAAUUUGAUGAGAGAAUCGGUGGUACAUCUGACUGUCAUCUUUACCGGAUGCACUUUAUUACGCUUUCUUUGGUAAUAUUUCAGCAGAAAUAUAAAGAACUGACCAUUUUGUAAUUGAUUGUAACAGUAUGCCUUCAAGUGACUUGGUUAACUAAUGUUCAGGAACCAAACACUAACAUGCAAAAAAAAUUCUACUAAAUAAAUGUGAAGUACUUUUUUUUUUUAAUCCUGGGCUACAAUCUACUAGAAAUGUAGCUUAUGAUAAAAUUAAAUAAUUAAGAUAGAACAAUGACUGUAUCCUAAUGCUCUAUUUUGCCAAGUUUAAAAGUACAGCUUUUUAAAAAUACUGUUUGCCUUGUCAAAUGAGCUUUCAUUACCUGUAUUGCACUGGAAACCUGCAGUGACCUUUAAAGGAACAUUUACACUUUUAAUAAAUUCAACUUGACCUUAUGCAAA